AUAAUUGUUUUAAAUGUUUUAACAUUAUAGCAAAUGGUUCGACUGCCGUUCGCGGUGCAUUAAAAAUCAAAACUUUUUCAUAUCAUUUUAUAUCAAUAUAUAUACAAUUUGAUUAGCCAUUAACUACAGUGUACAACGCUCUCUUGUCAUGCGCCAGGCCGACAGGCACCAGCAUCGAGCAUACAUAAUAGUGCCGUUUUCCGAAAACUAGUCUCGUUUACUCUGCCCAAUAUUGUUUAUUUUGUGCACUUACCAAUGGGCCCGAUUAUACACCGUGCUACAUGUAAAAAUGUAAACUUUGUGUACCGUGGCGCCCGAAGGUAAGAAGCAAAAAGCCCGUAAUAUACGUAUCUGGACCGCACGUCACUAUGUCAAACUACUUGAGUAGCGCCUCCACUAAGAAAUCCGAUGACAAGUAUGACGACGAACUGACCGAUAGAGACGAUACUAAAAGAAAGUCAAGAAACCUAAGUGAGAAGAAACGCAGGGAUCAAUUUAACAACUUAAUCAACGAAUUAAAUCGCAUGUUGUCCACGACCAAUAGAAAAAUGGAUAAGUCUACUGUUCUGAGAACAACUAUAAACUAUUUAAAUAAACAGAAAGAUAUAUUAUUGAAUUCAAGAGUACACGAAAUAGACAAUGACUGGAAACCAGAAUUUCUAUUGAAUGAAGAAUUUACACAUAUAAUUUUAGAAGCAUUGGAUGGAUUCAUUAUAGUAUUUACAUCAUUAGGAAAAAUUCUCCAUGCUUCAGAAACUGUCACUGCUCUUCUUGGUUAUCUUCCGAAAACCAUGGAAAAUUUAUCAAUAUUCAAAAUAAUUCAUGAAGCUGAUCAUUCAAUGUUACAAGAUCGAAUUGUAGAAUCCAGACUUUCUAAGAAUUAUGAUAAUGAUCAAAUUGUAUUUUCUUGCCAUUGUAAAAGACAUGAUCCAUUUAAAGAUAAAGAGGAAAAAAGUCAAUUUGAAUUGGUGCAAUUUUUCGGUUACUUCCAACCAAGUAGUGAAAUAUAUCAUGGUAACAAUUUUAGGAUUUCAUCUCCAUUUAGCAGUGAAGAAGAUGACCUAAACCUAGUAUUCGUUGGUAUUGGACGAAUUAUGACUCCACAGCUAUUAAAAGAAUUACCAGUUAUGGAGGAUAUAAAAAGUGAAUUCACCUCUAGACACAGUUUAGAAUGGAAAUUUUUAUUCCUCGAUCAUAGAGGUCCAUCAAUUAUUGGCUAUAUGCCAUUUGAAGUACUAGGGACAUCAGGUUAUGAAUAUUACCAUAUUGAUGACCUAGAAGAUGUUAUAUUAUCACACCAAGCUCUUAUGCUGAAAGGCGAAGGAACAUCUUGUUACUAUCGGUUUUUAACCAAAGGCCAACAAUGGAUAUGGUUACAAUCAAGAUAUUAUAUCAGUUACCACCAAUGGAACUCUAAACCCGAAUUCAUUGUUUGUCAUCAUCAAGUCAUAAAUUAUUUUAAUAUUAUUAAAAAAGAAAGUGAGACUAAUGAUGGAAGAAAGAAUAGUAAAAAAAGAUUAUGGCAUGUUCCUUUAAAUGAAAUUGAACAUCAAUCAUCAAAUAGUGAUUAUGAUUCAUAUCCAAAGAGAUAUUAUGAACAACAAAGUACAGACUCGCCAAAAAUGAAAAUUAGAUCAAUUGAAGAUAUUCAAAAUUCUAAUUGUGAAGGUGAGUCAUUGACAUUGGUAGAAAACAAACAAGAUAUUUCUGAAACAUUAAACAAUUAUUUAGAAAAUGCCCAAUCUUCAGUAAAAUUACCUGCUGGCUCAGUUUCCCCAUCACAGGAAAAUCUUAUUCAAGAUCAGUUACAACGUAAACAAGAGCAAUUACAAAAAACUAUAGUCAAACAACAGGAAGAACUAAAGAAAAUAACUAAACAAUUAUUAAUGGCUCGAUGUGGAAUUUUGCCAACAUUUAUGGAUGAUUCUUUACAAACAUCCUCGCAGACUUCUGAGCAAACUACUCAACAAGAGACCUCUACCAAUACCUCUACCAAUCAAAUAAUUUGUUCUGAUGCCAGUGGAGAACUUUUUGAAACGCGUCCAUUAAUUUCUUCUGAUGUUUUAUUAUUACACGAACGAAAUGAACAAGUUAUGCAACAUUCCUAUUCAUCAAAUAUAACACAGAACAUGGUCAACGAGGGAGGAGGACAAUUGGAUUAUAGUUAUAAUAAUCAAUCUAAUGAUGUUCUUUUUGAACAAAGUUCUCCUUGAAAACAAUAACUAUUUCAAAGGUAGCCUUAUUUCUCAUGUAUAUUUCUUUAAUGUUUCGUUGUUAAUAUAUAUAUCCAACGCUCAAUGAUUUUUUAGUAUAAUAGUAUAUAAAUAAUGAAGUGAGUAAUAUCACUAUUUUACUACAAAUUACCAAGUAUGUAUUUAAAAAAAAUUGUAUAAAGGAUUUUAAUCAUUUAUUCUUAAAAAUUAAAUAGUCAUUUAUGUUUUAGAUUUAAUUUUUUUUUACAUGAUUUGUAAAUUAUAUACUGAAUGAGGUAAAGGAAAAAAAUAUAGCCUCGGUUUAUAUUUGAUAUUUCUAAUUAUAUAUUAAGGAAAAUGUUGUGAAUUCUGAAUUACUGUGAUCUCUUAAUAGUUUUGAAAUAUAAAAUUAAAAAUAUCCCAGUAUGCUCUACAACAACUAACAUUUAUUUUUAGAAAAACAAAAUUAAAAUAAGAACCUUAAAAAAUGUAAUAUUUUCAAUAAUAGAAAAUAUAAUUUUUUUAUCCAUUUAGUAAAAACUUCAGAUAUUUAUUUUAUCAACAAGAAAACUAAUAAUUAAGUAAUCCUUUAUAUUAAUUUAUACUAUUAAAACUAUUUAAUUAUAUAAUUAUAAUUUUUGAUCUAAAUAAUUAUUAUAUUUAGAAAAUUUAGAAGACUUAACCUAGCUACUAACUAUUUAAUUGUAAAUAUCAUAAAAUUGUUUGAUCUAGUUUCUUCAUACAAAUAUUUUUAAUUAAAUGAAACCAGCCAUAUUUUUUGUAUAUAUAUUUAUAUUAAAGUUUUUCAAUUAUUUAGUAGGCUAUACUUGUGUUAUUUGAAAAAAGAUGUUCCUCUUUGUAGGUUCUGUUGUGGUUCCUUUGUUCUUGUACCUAUAGUUAUUAUUACAUGCACAAAGACUUAACUAUUUUGACUCUAAAGUUUUAAAAAAUAUGUAUCUGUCAAUUAAACACUGUUAGUCAUAAGUGUACAUUACUUUUUUAUGAUUAACAUUGGGUGCUAUUGAAUACUCGUAAAGUGAUAAUUUUUUUUAUUAUUUUGUAGUUAUUUUCAUGAAUAACAAUGCGUUUAUUUAUAUUUAAUAUUUCAUAAGACUUUUUAGUUUGUAUUAGUGAAAUUACAAUAAUGUGCUAUUUAAAAUACAUACACAUUUUGACUUAAGAAUAAAAUAACCAGAGACUUUUUAUUUAAAAUGUGUAGAAUACUAUAGUAUAUAUUUACUUGAUUUGUGUUUUUAUUGAUUUGAGUGUAACAUAUAUUGGUGUAUACAGUAAAAAUCACUUGAAAGAGCUGGAUAGUUUUGUUGUUAACUAUAUAAAAUUAUAUGUGAAUAUAAAUAAACAUUUCUCAUUUGUUUUUAUAAUGAUUACAAAUACAAUCAUUAAAUACAAUGCACUGUAUUUAUCAAAACUGUAAAUGCAAUAAAUAAUUUUAUAAUAAUUCAAAGGACAUUAUUUUUUCUAUUAUAUUAACUAAUUGAUCAUGAUAUAAAAUUGUCCUAUGAUUUGGGUCUAGUCUAUACAUAUACUUUUGUAUGUGUAAUUACUUUUUUACAUAUACUUUUGACUGGAUUAAUAAAAAAUUUAAUUAUGUGAUUUUUAUUGUAUAUAUAAUAUAUGUAGUGAUUUACAAUAUGACAUUUAUUAUUUAUUUUUGUGGUACCUAAUCUGUGUAUUUUAGUUAGUAGAUAAUUUUAAAUAUUCUGUUUAUUUCAUACUUACAAUUUAAUAUUAAUUUUUUUUUAUAGUAUUUAUCUGACCAAUUGAGUUCAAAUUGUAUUUAUAUUUAUGUGUUGUUUCUAUUCAAUUAUAUGUAUCAAUCAAAAUUAGAAACAAUAAAUAUAUUCAAUUUAUUAUAAAGAGAAUAAAUAA